AUGAAGUUCGACUCCUCCAUUCUCAUCGCCUCUUUGGCUGCCUCCGCUGUUGCGGCCCCGGCUCCUUUCACCAACGCUGGUCUUGGAAAGCGAUGGGUUGACACCACUGGUGGACAGAAAAUGCCCGCACACUUCGUCUCCACCGUCCGCAAGCUCUCCACCGAGAAGCUCAAGACCAAGCGUCAGCUUGACCAACUCCUCGGUGGAUUGACUGGAGGAGCCGGUGGAGCAGGAGGUGCCGCUGGCGGAGCUGGUGGCGCUGGAGGACUUGGAGACCUCCUUGGUGGUCUUACUGGCGGUGCGGGUGGCGGCAACGCAGCAGGUGGAGCUGCGGGUGGAGCAGCAGGCGGAGCCGGAGGUCUUGGUGACCUUCUUGGUGGACUGACGGGCGGCGCUGCUGGUGGCAACGCUGCUACUGCUGGAGCUGCCAACACUGCCGGCGCUGCCAACACUGCCGGUACUGCCAACACUGCUGCUGCCGGCGCCGCGAACGGCAACGGUAAGGGCAAGGGCAAGGGCAAGGGUAAGGGCAACAAGGGUGCCGCGGGUGCUGCUGGUGCCAACGGCGCCGCCAACAACGGCACAGCCGCAGCAGGUGGUAACACUGGUGCCAAUGGUCAGGCUGGAAACGGCCAGGCUAACCUUCCCACUGCCGGUGCUGGCCAAGGCCAACAGGGCGCUGGAGCUGCCACUCCCCCCACUCCUCCCACUGCUGGUCUCGCUGGCAACGCAGCACCUCCUGCUCCUCCUGCUCCCCCAGCGAACGGUGCUGCUCCUCCCGCCCCUCUUGCAAGUGGUGGUGCUCCCCCAGCUCCCCCUGCUAACGGCGCUGCCCCUCCCGCUCCUCCCGCUCCUCUUGCAAGCGGUGCUGCCCCUCCUGCUCCUCCGGCUGGUGGAGCUGCUCCUCCCGUUCCUGGUCAGCAGACUGGUACUGGUGCUGCAGGAACUGGCUCAACAGGAACUGGCUCUGCUACUGGUGUCCAGCAAGGAACUGGUGCUGCGGGUACUGGCUCUACUACUGGAACCCAGCAAGGAACCGGCCAGCUUGCCCAGGGUGGCUCGGCCGGUACUGGCGCUGGACAGUCUACCACUGGCUCCACUACUGGAACUGGUGCGGCCACUGGCAACGGUGCUACUGGUAACACUGGUGCCAACACUGGCGCUACUUCCAACACUGGUGCUACUGGCGCUACUGGUGCUUCUUCCAACACUGGCGCUUCCACCGGCGCUUCCAACGGAGCUUCUGGCAAUGGAAAGGCCUCAGGCAGCAAGAGCCAGUCUGCUGCUGACGCCGACUCCGCGCUUGCUGACUCCCAGGAGGAGGACUAG